CGCGCGCGCGCCCCGCCCCCGCCCCGCCCCCACGCGCCGCGAGGGUGGAGCCGGGCGCGCUGAGUCGGGCGCGCGGAGUCCGAGUCGGGAACCCGCGCCUUGCGGCCGGCGGCCGGCGGCGAUGAAGAUCUGGAGCUCGGAGCACGUGUUCGGCCACCCAUGGGACACUGUCAUCAAAGCUGCCAUGAGGAAGUACCCGAAUCCGAUGAACCCCUGUGUCGUGGGAGUUGACGUGCUGGAGCGCAGUGUGGAUGGCCGGGGCCGGCUUCACAGCCACCGCCUCCUCAGCACCGAGUGGGGGCUGCCCGGCUUCGUGAAAGCGAUUUUGGGAACCAGUAGGACUUUGACAUACAUCAAAGAACAUUCCGUUGUGGAUCCAGUAGAAAAGAAAAUGGAACUUUGUUCCACCAAUAUCACACUCACAAACUUGGUGUCAGUGAACGAGAGGCUGGUAUACACACCCCAUCCGGAGGACCCUGAAAUGACUGUGCUCACACAAGAAGCCAUCAUCACCGUGAAGGGGAUCAGCCUCGGCAGCUACCUGGAAAGUCUGAUGGCCAACACAAUAUCAUCCAAUGCAAAGAAGGUCCCUAGCUGGAGGGCUGCCUUAGUGAGGCGGACACUGCUCACGGAGUCCAGGUUGCCCCUCCUCUCCAGCACAGCUGAUGGAAAGAGCUUGGAUGUGUGGAAGCCGUUAUACGAGUUCAAGGGGUGGGCUGCUAUUGAGUGGAUAAUUGAAAAUUCUGAGCACGCUGUGAGCUAACGGGGUCUGCACCUGCACCUUGUGAUGAACAGUGAUGCCUCACCCAAAAAAUCAAAGAAGAAAGAACAAAAGAAAAAAAAGGAAGGAAGAAGGCAAGGAAGAAAAAAGGAAGAACUAAGCGAGCCUUGAAUAUGGUUCUCCCAGUCUGGGAGAGGUGUGGAAACUUCUGGAAUCUGCCACUUGCCUGGUCACAGCCUCCACCGGGCUCUUCGGCUGCGACAUCUCAAGACAGGAGGCCUGUCUGUUGCAGAAUGAGACCCACAGAAGAGAAGACCCCUAUAGCAGGAGAAGGGCAAGGGCUGCAAAGCUGUCACCCUGCCGCUGCCCACGGCCCCACCGCCCCUGGGCCAGUGUUGUCAGACUGCUCUUGUGCCUUGUCUGUUCUCCCCUAGGUAGCAGCUCCCGGCAGUUUUCUGCUGACUCUUGGGAUCUUACUAAACCACUCUUUUCCUGGUGACUCCCCGUAUCCCACCCGUGCCCCUUGAUCACCUGUCUGCACCGCCAGCCUCUUCACACAUAUCUGGGCGCUGUCACUUCAGAUGCUGCUGUGGUGCGUCCUUCUCACCAUUAGUGCAGAUCUGCCCACGCUGGAGUAGGGGCGUCCAUCCCCACAGCUGCGUGUGUGGGGACAGUACCGUGAGUUCUCCUGUCUCACGGUUGGAAUUGGUCAGGGGAGCCAAGCACUGUGCCCCAUGCUGCAGCUGGCUUGUCCUGCGCUCUGGGACCAGAGGCCCCAGGGGCUGAAGGCCUGUGUUACUUGUCAUUGUUCAGACCUGUCUGUGGGGAUGCUCACACAGAGUGGCUGUGACGAAGUAGUAAAAGUGCUUAUGAGCCUAAGCUGUCCUGUUAGCUUUAGGGUACUUCCAGGUGGGAAUUUUAACUUUCCUGUUUUCAAAAGUCGAAUGUAAAAUCUUUCAGUAUGCUUCAAAUCCUAAAAACUUGAGAGAAGGCCUCCUCCGUAAACAAUGAGUAGCACUGUGUCCUUCUGUUUUUUAGGUCGUGUUUUUUGUUUGAUAACAGUACUUCUAAUCCAAAAGGAAAUGACAUUCAUUUAUAUUUGUAUCAGAGUGUUUUAUGCAUAAAGCUUAUGGCAACACAGAAUUAAAAGAUUUACGGUAAAAACAAACCCCCCUCACCCCUUUGGCAAAGCGUGUUUCUGUCCUGCUGAGGGAACGCUCAACUCUUUUGGCAGCUUUUGGCUUUUGCUGCUAGAUUUAUAAAUAAAUAAACAUACCCUGUUAUUUCUUGAUUUGCCAAAUUUAGACGCUGUCUAGGAAUUAUUUACCUCUUUGGUAGAUUAUUAUUUUCUCUCUCUUAUAUCUUCCUUCUCUCUCCCUUUCCCCCAAAAUAGCUAUAUCGUUUAUGGUUGAAAGCACAGAGUUUCCAUAAUUUCGAAAAUACAAAUGCCUAACUGUUGUUUAUUACUAAGCCAUAAUUGCAUUUUCCUUCUUAUGCAAUUUCCCCCCACCUAGGGGAUAAUAAUUCUUUUCAUCUGUUUAAUUUUAUUUUUUAAAAGUCUCUGGCUGAGUCCUUCCAUACUCUUACCCACUGUUACCAGUACGUCAUAACGUCAUUUUCCACGGGUCAGUCUUUUUGGGCAGCACGCCCAUUCCCAGUUUCCAUGGUGCCAUCCAUUCUGGAAGCCAGGCCUCGCUCUCUGACCAAACAGCCACGUGGCUGUCAUCCCUUUUCUGGGCAUUCCUGGGCAUUUCCUUGGCCUUCUCUCCUGGAGCCCUUGUUUCCCUGCUUCCCUGCCUUCCUCUUUCUGUUUACUGUUACAAGAUGGGGAAGGAUAUCUCUUUGUGGUUUCUAAGACUUGGUACAUCUGAAAAUGUCUUUUCUGUUCUCAUACUUUGUUCACAGCAUAGCUUGACAUACAGUUCUUUAAAAAAAUAUUUUCACUCAGAAUUUUCAAGGCAUUUUUCUAUUUUUUUCCACUCAGAUUAUCAACUUCUGUAUACGAAUUAUUUCUCUCUCUGGAAGCUUUUAGGGUCUUUUUAUCCUUGAUGUUCUGAAAUUUCAUGAGGUUAAGCCUUAUUUGAAGUGAUCUUUUAAUAUUAUUAUUAUUAUGUUUAUUUUAUUUUUGAGAGAGAGAGCACGAGUGGGAGAGGGGCAGAGAGAGAGGGAGACACAGGAUCUGAAGGAGGCUCCAAAUCUGAACUGUCAACAUAGAGCCCGAUGCAGGGCUCGAACUCAUGAACUGUGAGAUCAUGACCUGAGCCAAAGUCGGACGCUUAACUGACUAAGCCACCCAGGUGCCCCAUUUGAAGUGAUCUUUUAAAAUUCAUUGUGCUGCACUGUGCAUGUUAAAUUCCUGGUUUUGAUAUUGUAAUUAUGCAUGAUGUUAUUAGGGGGAAGAGGGUCAAGGGUACAUGGGACAUUCCUGUAUUAUCCUUGCAGCUUCCUGUGAAUCUAUAAUAAUUUCAAAAUUAAAACUAAAAAAAUAUAUAAAUAGUAACAUCAUGGAAAAUGGUAGAGGUGGGUGCUCCAAGAAUCUGUCCCUCCACUGAAACAACCAAUAAGCUGGCAAAAAAUAACAGAAUCAACUUUUGUAGAACUGUGGAUUCUAAUAGAAUACUUCAACCAGGGGAGCAUUUAAUGAAUCCUGAUUAAUCUACCCUGCAGAUUUUGGACUUGCCAGCCUCCAUAAUUAUGACCGCUAAUUGCUUAAAAUAAAUCUCUGUCUAUAUUUACACAUUCUAUUGGUUCUGGUUCUCUGGAAACCCUAACUAAUACAUUAUUAGAGCUAAAUUGGUAUUGAUUCAAAUUAUAUUUUUCUGAGUUUAAGAUGUUAAUUAUAAUCACCAGGGUAACUAAUAAGAAAAUAACUAAAAAAUAUCCAGAAAAUAAAAGGGGAAUGAAAAUGGUACACUAAAAAAAAAAAAAACCCAACACAACAGACGAAGAUGGAAAUAAUUCAGGAACAGAAAGUUUUGGAACUCAAUAGAAAACAACUAACAGUGUAAAAAAAAAACCCCAAAAACAACUAACAGUGUAAAAAGUUAGUGCUUCUUUAACAGUAAUUACUUUAAAAGUAAAUAGAUUAAAUUCACCAGUUAAAGGACAGAGAUUGGCAGAAUAGAUGAAAAAACAUGAUCCUACUAUAUAUGCCGUCUACAAGAGACUCACUUCAGAUCCAAAGACACAAAUGGGUUCAAUGUGAAAGAUGGAACAAGAUAUUCCAUGUAAAUAAGAACCAAGGGAGCUGGAGUGGCCAUGCUCGUAUCAGACACAAUCUACUUUUGGUCAAAAAAAUGUUAUAAGAGACAAAUAAGGACAUUAUAUAUCAAUGAGAGGGUCAAUUCAUCAAGAAGAUAAACGUUAUAGCCAUUUACACACCAAGCUACAGAGCCCCCAAAUAUAUGAAGGAAACAUUAGCUGAACUAAAAGGAGAAAUAGUUCUACAAUUAUAGCUGGACACUUCAAUAACCCACUUUCAACAAUGGGCAAGACACCUAGACAGAAGAUCAAUAAGGAAACGGAGGACUAGAACAACACUAUAAACCAACUUGACCUAACAUAUCCAUAGCACACUUCACUCAACAGCAGAGUACACAUUUUUCUCAAGAACACAUAGAUUAUUCUCCAGGAUAAACCAUGUGUUAGGCCAAACACCAAGUCUCAAUAAAUUUAAGAAGACUGAAAUCACAAAAUAUCUUUUGUGAUCCCAAUGAAGUGAAAUUAGAAAUCAACAAUAGGGGCACCCGGGUGGCUCAGUUGGUUAAGCAUCCGACUUAGGCUCAGGUCAUGAUCUCAUGGUUUGUGAGUUUGAGCCCCGCAUCAGCCUCUGUGCUGACAGCUCAGAGCCUGGAGCCUGCUUUGGAUUCUGUGUCUUCUUCUCUCUCUGUUCCUCCCUCCCUCUCUCUCUCUCUCUCUCAAAAAUAAAUAAACAUUAAAAAAAACAAAAAGAAAUCAACAGUAUAAGGUAAAUGGAAAAUUCAGAAAUAUGUUGAAUUUUUAAUGUAUAUUCUAACAACUAGCGAAUCAAAUAAUAAAUUACAAAUGAAAUUAUAACAUUUUGAGAUGAAUGGAAAUGAAAAUACAACAUAUACUAUGAGAGCAGUGAUCAAAGGGAAAUUCAUAGCUGCAAACACCUAUGUUUGAAAGAUCUCAAAUCAUUAACGUGACUUGAAGGAACUAGAAAAUGAAGGACAAACUAAACUCAGAAUAGAAAACUAAACUAGAGAAUAGAAAAAUAGAAUCAUUGAAAUCAAAAGUUGUUUAGUUGAAAAGAUCAACAAAGUUGAGAAGACUUUAGUUAGACUGACCAAGAAUAAAAAGGAUUCAGAAUAAAAAUAUCAGAAAAGAAAGUGAGGCAUUACUACACAUCUUACAGAAAUAAAAGGAUAUAAGAGAAUACUGUGAACAGUUGUAUACCAACAAAUUAGAUCAUCUAUAUGUGAUGGAGAAACUACUAAAAACACACAAAUUCCCAGAACUAAUUUAAGAAGAAAUAGAAUCUCAAUAGACCUAUGACAAAGACAUUGAAUCAGUAAUUAAAAACCUUCCAACCAAAGCUUCUCAGGGGGCAGCAUAGGAAGAAAGCCCUGAAGUUUGGUGUAACUGCAACCUAGGUAGAUGGGCUAAAGGUAGGCAUCUGAUCUGACUGCUGACACUGCCCAAGAAGAAGCCUGCAUUGGCUCCAGACUGGUACAUUCUAACAAUGCAGGGAUCAAACCCUGCCCAGUGAGCCCACAGCAGACAAAGAGAGUCAUUACAGAUGACUGAUCUGAAGACAAAUGCAUCCCAGGCAUAACAGUAGGACACACGUGGCCCACAUAGGAGACUUCCCUGAACUGCCUGGUUCUGGUGAACAGGAAGCAUUAUACUGCAGGGCACUGUGGGACCUCUUCUUCAUAAGGCCACUACUUUCAAGAUCAGGAGACGUGGCAGACUUUCCUAACCCAUAGAAACAAACACAGAGAGUUAGACAAAAUGAGAAGACAGGAAUAUGUCCCAAAUGCAAGCAUAGGACAAAAUCACAGCACAAGAGCUAAAUGAAAUGGAGCAAAGCAAUAUUCCUGAUAAAGAAUUCAAAGUAAUGGUCAUAAAGAUACCCACUGGACUUGAGAAAAAGAGUAGAGGAUCUCAGUGAGACCUCCAACAAAGAGAUUGAAAAUAUGAAGGAAAAAAAAAAAAAAAGAACCAGCCAGAGAUAAGAACAUAACUGAAAUAACAAAUACACUAGAGAGAAAUGGUAGAUUAGAGGAGGCAGAAGAAUGAGUCAGUGAUCUGAAGACAGGGUAAUGGAAAGCAACCAAACUGAAUAGCAAAAAGGAAAAAGGAUAGUAAAAAAUGAGAAUAGGUUAAGGGAACUCAAAGACAUAACUGUAAUAACAUUCAUAAAAGGAUCCCAGAAGGUGGAGAGAGAGGGAGGGGAACAGAAAAUUUAUUUGAAGAAAUAAUAUCUGAAAACUUCCCUAAUCUGGGGAAGGAGACAGACAUCCAGAUCCAGGAGGUGCAGUGAGUCCCCCAACAAAGUCAACCCAAACCAAGGAGGUCCACACCAAAACACAUAAUAAUUAAAAUAGCAAAAAAUAGUGAUAGAGAAUUUUUAAGAGCAGUAAGAAAACAGUCACAUACAAAGGAAACCCCAGAAGGCUAUCAGCUGAUUUUUCAGCAGAAACUUUUCAGGCCAGAAUAGUGGCAUGAUAUAUUCAAAGUAUUGACAAGAAAAACCCUACAACCAAAAAUACUAUACCCAACAGGGUUAUCAUUCAGAAUAGAAUUAGUAAUAAAGGGUUUCCCAGACAAAAGUUAAAAGUGUUCACCACUAAAGCAGACUCAUAAGAAAUGUUAAAGGGAAUUCUUUGACUGAAAAAACAAAAGUCAUAAUCAGGAGUAAGAAAAUUAUGAAAGGAAAAAAUUUCACAGGUAAGUGCAAACAUAUAAUAAAAGUAGUAGAUUAAACACUUAUAAAACCAGUAUGGAGUUUAAAGCACAAAAGCAGUAAAAUCAAGAAUAUCUACAAAAAUCAGUCAAGAGAUUCACAAAAUAAAAGGAUAUAAAAUAUGACAUCAUGUACAUAAAAUGGGGGUGGAGGAGUAAAAAUCUAGGGCUUUUAGAACUUAAGCAACAAUCAACUUAAUAGCAUACACUACUGUACGUGUAAGAUGUUAUAGAUGAGCCUAAUGGUAAACAUAAAUCAAAAAUCUAUAAUAGAUAUACAAAAAAAUAGAGAAAGGAAUCCAAGGUAUAACAUUAAAGAAAGUCUUCAAACCACAAGGGAAGAGAGCAAAAGAAGAAAGGAACAGAGAAGAACUACAAAAACAACUGUAAAACAAAAUGGCAACAAGCAAAAUUUAAGUGUAAUGGUCUAACGCUCCAAUCAAGACAUAGUGUGAGUGAAUGGAUAAAAAAGCAAGACCCAUAUAUAUGCUGCCAAUAAAAGACUUACUUCAGACUUAAAGACACCUGCAAAUUGAAAGUGAAGGGACAGAAAGACAUUUACUAUGCAAAUGGAAGUGAAAAGAAGGCUGGAGUAGCAAUACUUACAUUGGAUAAAAUAGACUUUAAGAGAAAGACUGUAAUGACAAAGAAGAACAUUACAUAAUGAUAAAGGGAACAAUCCAACAAGAGGAUAUAACAAUUGUAAAUAUACAUCCAACAUAGGAGCACCUAAAUACAUAAGGCAACUAUUAACAGACAUAGGGGAAGAAAUUGACAGUUAUAUAGUCAUAGUAAGGGACUUUGACACCCCACUUACAUCAAUGGAUAUAUCACCUAGAGAGAAGAAAAUCAACUAGGAAAGAGUGGCUUUGAAUGACACAUUAGAUAAGAUGGAGGUAACAGAUGUAUUCAGAACAUUCCAUCUGAAAACAGUAGAAUACACAUUCUUUUCAAGUAUACAUGGAAUAUUCUCCAGAAUAGAUGACCUGUUAGGCCACAAAAUGAAUCUCAAUAAAUUUAAAAAUUCAAUAAAUUAAAAAAUAUCAUGCAUCUUUUCCAGCCAUAAUGGUAUGAAACUAGAAAUCAAUCACAAAAAAUUUGAAAGAACACAAAUACAUGAAGAAUAAAUAACAUUCUACUAAACAAUGAAUGGGUCAACCAAGAAAUCAAAGAGAAAAUUAAAAAAAUACAUGGAGACCAAUGAAAAUGAAAACAUGAAGACAAAAAAUGAAAACAAUGAAGAUUUUGUGGUCCAAAAUCUUAGGGAUGCAGCAAAGCUGUUCUAAGAAGGAAUUGUAUAGCAAUACAGGUCUACCUCAAGAAACAAGAAAAAGCUCAAAUAAACAACCUAACCUUACAGCUAAAGGAGUGAGAAAAAGAACAAAGCCCAAAUUCAGUAGAAGGAAGGAAAUAAUAAAGAUUAAAGCAGAAAUAAAUGAAGCAGAGACUAAAAAUAUAAUAGAACAGAUCAAUGAAACCAGGAGUUGGUUCUUUGGAAAGAUAAGUAAAACUGACAAACCUUUAGCCAGACUUAUCAAGAAAAAAUAAAUAAAAUCAUGAAUGAAGGAAAAAAACAAAGCAAAACAAAACCAAAAAUAAUCUGCCAACAGAAAAAAGACCAGGGCCAGAUGGUUUUACUGGUGAAUUCUACCAAACAUUAAAGAAUUAAUGCAAAUCCUUUGCAAACCCUUCCAAAAAAGAGGAGAGAAUACUUUCUAACUCAUUCUGUGAGACCCAAUAUUACUUUGAUACCAAAGUUAGGUAAAGACCCCCAGAGAAUAAAUCUAGACUAAUAUCCUUUAUAAGUAUUGAUGCAAAAAUCUUCAACAAAAGAUUUAUAUUAUAAAUAUUGAUGCAAAAAUCAAGCUGGAUCUAACAGCAUAUUAAAAGGAUACAAACCAUGACUAACUGGGAUGUAUCUCAGAAGCAGGAGGGUGGUUCAAAUACAAAAAUCAAUGUUCUAUUGAUUAAUAUUAACAAUAUUAAUCUCAUUAAUUUUGUUAAUCUCAUUAAUCUCUAUUAAUCUCAUUAAUAGAACAAAUGGAAAAAGCCCCACAUGAUUAUCUCAGUUGAUGCAGAAAAAGCAUUUGAAAAAACACCCUUUCAUGAUGAAAACACUAUUCUGGGAAUAGAAAUAAUAAUUCUAGAAAUAGUUUAGGUAUAGGAAUAGAAAAGAACUUCCUCUCCACGAUAAAGGGCAUUUAUGAAAAACCCACAGCCAACAUCCUAUUCAAUGAUGAAAGACUGCAAUCUCCCCCUAAGAUCAAGAACACGACAAAGAUGUCCACUGUUGUCACUGAUGUUGAACAUUGUACUAGAAGUUCUAGCCAGAGCAGUUAGAUAAGAAAAAGAAGUAUUAGGCAUCCAAACUAGAAAGGAAGAAAUAAAACUAUCCAUAGUCAUAGAUGGCAGAUCCUAUGUGUAGAAAACCUUAAGCCACCAGAAAGCUAAUAAAGGGUAUUUAGCUAAAUUACAAGGUACAAGAUCAACACAUAAAAAUCAAUUGUGUUUCUUUACAAUAGCAAUGAGCAACCUCAUAAGAAAAUUAAGGAAACUAUGGAAUUUACAGUGGCAUCCAAAAGAAUAAAAUACAUGGAAAUAAAACAAGGUGAAGGACUGUACAUGAAAAUUACAAAACAUUGCAGAAAGAAAUGAAAAAAAAACCCAUAAAUUAAUGGAAAGACAUCCCUUGUUCGUGGAUGGGAAGACUAAUAAUUGUUAAGAUGGUAGUACUACCCAAAACAUUCUGAAAAAUCAAGACAGUUCUUAUAUAAAAAUUUCUAUAGCUUUUUUUUUUCAGAAAUGGAAAAGCCCAUCCUCAGAUUCAUACGGAAUUGCAAGGGAUCCUGCAUAGCCAAAACAAUAUUGAAAUAGAACAAAUUUGGAGGAUUCACACUUCCCAAUUCCAAAACUUCUUUUUGUUUUGUUUUAUUAUUGAGAGUGUGCACGCACGAGAGAGAGAGAGAGAGAGAGAGAGAGAGAGAGAGAGAGAGCGAGCAUGAGCAGGGAAGGGGCAUAGGGAGACAGAGACACAGAAUCUGAAUGAAGUAGGCUCCAGGCACUGAGCUGUUAGCACAGAGCCUGACAUGGGGCUUGAGCCCAUGAACUGCGAGAUCAUGACCAGAACUUAAGUCAGACGCUUAACUGACUGAGCUACCCAGGUGCCCUACCAAUUUCAAAACUUUUUACAAAGCUACAGUAAUGAAAGCAAUUUGGGACCAGCAUAAAGAUAGACAAAUAGGUCGGUGGAAUUAAAUUGAGAGUCUAGAAGUAAACCCAUGUAUCUAUGGCCAAUUGAUAUUCAACAAGGGUGCCCAAACAAUUCAAUGAGGAAAGAAUAGUCUCUUCAACAAAUGGUUCUGGGCUAACUGGAUAUCUACAUAUAAGAGAAUGAAGUUGGACCAUUACUUCACACCAUAUCCGAAGACUAACUCAAAAUGGAUCAAAAACCUACAAAUAAGAAUAAAAACUAUGGUGCCUGGGUGGCUCAGUAGGUUAAACAUCCUAUUCUUGAUUUUGGCUCAGGUCAUGAUCUCAUGGUUCAUGAGAUGGAGUCCUGUGUCCAGCUCUGUGCUGACAGCACUGAGCCUGCUUGGGAUUCUCUCUCUCUGCCACCCCCCCCCCCAAAUAAAUAAACGAGCUUUAAAAAAAAGAACAAAAACUAUACAACUCUUAGAAGAAAACAUAAGGGUAUAUAUUCAUGAUCUUGGAUUUGGCAAUGGAUUCUUAGAUAUGACUACAAAAGCAUGAACAACAAAAGAAAAAGUAGAUAAAUUUGACUUCAUCAAAAUUAAAGUUUUGUGCAUCAAAAGACACUAUCAAGAAAGUGGAAAGACAAGCUACAUAAUGGAAGAAAAAACUGCAAAUCACAUAUCCAAAAAGGAUCUGUUAUCCAGAAUGUAUAAAAAACUCUUUACAACUCAACAACAAAAAGACAACUCAAUUUAAAAAUGGGCAAAUAAUAUGAAUAGACAUUUCUCCUAAGAAGAUAUACAAAUGGCCAAUGAGCACAAGAAAAAAUGUUCAACAUCAUUAUUCAUUAGGGAAAUGCAAAUCAAACCCACAGAAACCACUCACAACCACUAGGAUGGCUGUAAUAAACUAAAUGGAAAAUAAGCAUUAGCAAAGAUGUGGAGAAAUUGGAAGCUUUGUUCAUAGUGUUGCAAAUGUAAAAUGGUACAGCCACUCCACCCCUGGUUGUAUACCCCAAAGUACUGAAAACAAGUACACGAAUAUUUAUGCAUGAAUGUUCACAGUAGCACUACUCACAAUAGUCAAAAAGUAGAAACUCAAAUGUCCUUCAACCGAUAAAUGGUUACAUAAAAGGUGGUCCAUACAUAUGCUGGAAUAUUAUUCAGCUAUAAAAAGGAAUGAAGUACUGAUCCACAGUACAAUACAGAUGAAUCUCUAGAACAUUAUGCUAAAUAAAAGAAGUCAAAUGCAAAAGGCCACAUACUAUAUGAUUCCAUUUGUAUGCAAUAUCUAUCAUGGAUAAUCCAUACAGACUGAAAGUAGAUUGGUUGUUGCCAAGGGGAGAGGGGAGGUAUAAAUGGGGAAGAAUCUGCUUUAUGCAUUUGAGAUUUCCUUUUGGGGUGAUGAAAAUGCUUUGGAAUUAGACAGAGGUGGUGGUUGCACAACAGUGUGAAUGUACUAAAUACCACUGAAUUGUAUACUUGAAAAUGGUUAACUUAUGUGAAUUUCAUUUCAGUAAAAAAGAGGAAAAUAUAUAGCUGUAAACACAUACCUACAAGUACACAUGCAUACAUAAAGCUUUUGUAUGUCAGCAAGACAUCAAAAACAAAGAAACAAACAAUUCAUUGUGUUGGGAACUUGGUGGUCCCUUUGGUUCUGGUAAUGAUUUCUUUGACGAUUUCCCCACCAUUCUCUCUUCUUUUCUGGAAGUCCUCUUGGUCAUAUUGGAUUGAUCUCAUAAUUUUGUUCUGUUUUCUCUCAUCUUUGUUCUACCUUUUGGGAGGUUUCCUGGACUUUAUCUUCCAAGAAUUUCAUGAGUUUUUAUUUUGGCAAAUUGUAGUUUUAAUUUCUCUUUCCUUUUUCUUAUGGGAUCCUGUUCUUGCUUCAUAGAUGUAGUGUCCUCCCUCGUCUCUCUGCAGGUAAACACUAAGUGAAGCUUUCUUCUGCAUCUGCGUGUCUCCUCUGUGCCCCUUUGCAUGGGAGGCUUCCUUGGGUGUCUUUCAUGCUGACGUACCUGACACAAGCUGAAGUGGGGGUGAGGAGUGAGGCUUGCUGGCUGUUGGGCUCACUGCAGGUCAUCGAGGGUGUCCUGUGGCCUUUUCCACCGCCCCUCCCCCCAUUCCCUUCUCUCUGAAGUGGUUCAGUUUCUCCCAACAAGACUCCUCAACCUUUAUUUUUUGGGGUGGAACCCAGGGGUCUAAGAGUCAGGCUGUUAAAUGGUUUUCAGCCUGUCCCUUGCUGUCCCCUGUGUGUCCCCUCUCUCUGGACAACCCUUGGGCUCUGAAUGGCUUGUGUUGGACCCCCUCUACCGCAUCACAGCCCAUGCCUCUGCCUUCCAACUUCUUUAUGGGCAGUGAGGGUGCUGACUCCGUGGGUUCUGAAGUUUUGUUUCAGUUUUAUUCCUGAUAGUUUAAUGGACAUUUCAGCAGACAAAGGGCCAAAGGUUUUUUUCCCCACCAUCUUGAAAUCAGAGUUUUGCUCGCUUUUAUAAAAAGUAUUCCCUCAAAAAACACAUAAAAGCAAUCCAUGUUUAUAGUUAAAACACACACACACACACACACACACACACACACACACACACGAGUCUCUGUUGAAGAGUGAAAGCCUCCCCUUUAGAGGAAGAGUUCCUGGGCUCUGCCAGUUAACUCCUGAUUUUUACGAAGGUUUCCAGAAAUGUUUUAAGCAAAUGCCAAGGAUAUAUGGGUUUGUUUUCCUUUUCUUUUAUUAAACACAGAUGGAACCAUA